AUGGCUAUUGUUCCAGUGUGCGUCAAGAUGGAGGCGGAGCGCGUGUGCGUGUGCGUGAAGCCGGAGCCCGCGGGGGAGGGAGGGAGCGGGACGGCAGCGGCAGGCGAGUGCGGGAGCGAGACCGAACUAGAGACGAACGAGAGCGGCGUCUUUCGGCGGACCCGCGCGGGAGUUAAAUCAGCCCGGUCUCACGUGUGCCACAUAUGCAGAGAAGAGUUUAAGAAAAUGAACAAAUUCAAGGCACACAUGAAAACACACAAGAGUGAGAAGCCUUUUCUCUGCGACCAGUGCGACAAGCGGUUCAACUGCUUGAACACUUUGAAGGUUCAUCAGCGAACUCACCGGCCGCACUCCUGCGGAACGUGUUGCAAGACGUUUGCACUACUCAGCGACUUACAGUACCAUGAACGAACUCACAAAGGGGAGAAACCUUAUUGCUGUUCCACUUGUAAGAAAGAGUUCGCUUAUCCGUCCCAUUUGAAGCACCAUGCGAAAAUACAUACUAAUGAGAAACCAUUCGCGUGCAAAGUCUGUAACACUGCGUUUUCGAAACUGAACAAUUUGAAAAGACAUGAAUUUAUACAUACGGGAGAGAAACCAUUUGUGUGCGACGUGUGCAAAAAGGAGUUUGCUUUUUUGGUUGCAUUAAAAGUACAUAUUGGAAUACACAAAAAUGAGAAACCAUACUCUUGCGAUAUAUGUAGAAAGAAAUUUACACAAAGGAGCUAUUUAAUGACACAUGCGCGAAUACAUUCUGAUGAUAAGCCGUUCGUGUGUGAAGUGUGUACGAAGGCGUUUAGGGGCUCGAGUGCAUUGAGGAGACAUGAGCGGAUACACACGGGGGAGAAACGGUACUCGUGCAAAGUCUGCAUGUACGAGUUUACAGAUUUGAGUAAUCUGAAGAGACAUGAACGACUCCAAGUUUGCCUGAAGUCAUAACACGUGAAAAUAAUGUCUAAAUUUGACGACCGGUCUGACCUAGUGGGUAGUAACCCUGCCUGUGAAGCCAAUGGUCCUGGGUUCGAAUGCCGGUAAAGGCAUUUAUUUGUGUGAUGAGCACAGAUAUUUGUUCCUGAGUCAUGGGUGUUUUCUAUGUAUUUAAGUAUUUAUAUAUUAUACAUAUAUAUCGUUGUCUGCGUACCCAUAACACAAGCCUCCUUGGGCUUACCGUGGAACUUAGUCAAUCUGUGUAAGAAUGUCGGAUGUCCGAUAAUAUUUAUUUAUUUAAAUUUAAAUCUAUAUUAUGUUAUAAAAACAUUACCAUACAUUAUAUAUACAUUAAUUGUAUAUACAUACAUUAAUUGUAUAUCUUAACCUGUUUUAUGUGCAAUAAAAUGUUUACAUACAUACACUAAGAACAAAUUAAAUUAUUUUCUAUGAAAAUAUUUUAAUUUGUGGUUUCUCAAGUACUAUGUAAUUAUAAAUAAUAAUUUCAGUUUACAUACAUACAUACUAAAUAAUUGGAUGCCGUCCAUUUGGAUGAAUCCAUUGUAACGGCAUCCAUUUGGAAGGCUCGUCAGUGGCCUGCUUAAGGUAUAACAAGUUAACCUAUAUAUACCUAUACAAUAUGUGCAUGGAUUUGCAGUUAACACAUUCACUGCCAUGCGCUAUUCGCACAUAAAGUUUUUCCCGUGUUAUCGGCUACGCUCGUAACGCGUAGUUCGCGCUGGCAGUAAAUGUGUUAAUAGUCGACAUAACCCUUUUCCAGGAUUUAUCGACCACAUACGUUCAAAUAUAAAUUCAACUUUAGCAUUCCGAUUUAAGGUUCAAAUUACAUUGCACUUUCGGGAAAUGUGACUCGUCUUCAAAUGAAUCAUCAAAGCUGGAUUAAUUGGAAUAUAUUUGGAUUUUUUGGGGAUUGGUGCGAUCUCGAAAAGGUGCGUCCAUAUCUAAC